AUUUUCAAACACGUUACAAAGAGUAGCAUGUCGCGUUUAUAAAUAAAAAAACACACACAUUUGUUAUAGGUCAUUUCAUCAUGAGUUCUGAUAUUUUAAUUUGUAUAUUGAUUUGUUUUUAUUUGUUUUACAACUGCUUUCGGUCGAUAAGCCGCGAUCGAUAGCAAUCAUAGAUAGACUCAAAAAUCUACCAUCCAGCAACCUUUUACCCUAUUAAAGGGGAAUUCGAGCAGCAAAAAACCCUCCAAUGACAGUCCAAUGACAGUAACCAUGGAACAGGCGUUACAAAAUGACAUUUCUUUUAAAAUCACAUUUCAUUUUAGGAUACUUACGUAUGGGAGACUAUACAUUGAAACGUUUAUACGUUUAAAGACUAUACGUUCAUAAAGGGCCGUUUUUGAAUCCAUAAUUGUGACUUGUUGUAAGAUAAGUCGUUUGGAGACAUUUGAUUUUUUUCACUGUGAUAUAAUUAUAUGCUACUCAUUACAUAGUUUAGGCUUCCAAGAAUCAAACUGCGUUCUUUUAUGUUUAACUUCGUCUAAAAGAUGUUGAUCUUCUGGUAUCAAGAUUCAUGCUAACGGAUUCAGUGAUUAACGUUGCUAUUCAAUAACGCCUCGAAGUAAACUUCGUUGAAGAUUGAUCGCCAUGAACUUGACUUACUGGUAAUAAACAUAGCUGCCGUAGCCUCAUCAAACAGUUUCUAGAAUCGAAAGCAAAGCAAAGAAAACGAAAACAAUUGAUCAUGCAUGCUUAUCUCUCAUUUGCAAUCCGGUCUAGAGCAGCAGUCUAUUACUUAUGCCGAAUCGAUUAAAUUCAGUUUUGCUUCAACAGUAUUCGAGUGUGGCUCUGUGAUCGUGUACUUCAUCAUGCAACGGAAAUGUGUGAUUCAUUUGAUACUAUUAUGGUUCAUCGUUGGUACAAAUGGAUGUGUAGCAGAGGAAUACCAUUGCAAUGUUGAAUACUAUUCCCAUGUUGUGUCAUUUUCCAAUGUAGUCGUCGAAGGAUCAGCAAUGCCUCGCUUCUCGUGUAGUAACAGCGAUAACAUUGCAGAUCUUAUAUUCAAGAUGUCAUUAUUGGAAGAGGUGCCCAAACAGUUGUUUGCUACUUUUCCUAAUUUAGUGGUGGCAAACUUCACCAGGAGUGGAAUCAAACGUAUCAAUCGAUACAGUCUGAACAGAGCAGUACAUCUUAAAAAUCUUUAUUUAAAAAGCAACGAAUUGCAAGAGUUGAACGCGGAUUGUUUUUAUGGAGCAGUAGCACUUCUUGACCUUGAUCUUUCGUUCAACAAUAUCAGCUCAAUUGAUAGAAUGGCGUUCAAUACACUGUCCAAGCUGUUGGUACUUUGGAUGUCUGGAAACAAGCUACGAUCGUUGGAUAGUAGAGUAUUCGAGCCACUCCAAUCGAUACGUACAAUUUAUCUCAACUCUAAUGAGCUCCAGGUCAUUGAAGCAGGUCUGUUUGUCGCAAACCAUAAAUUGAAAAAUAUUCUUUUGCAUAGCAAUCACAUCAGUGUGAUUGAAGAAGGAGCAUUUAGAGACGAAAAAUCUACAGAGUCAUCGACAGCACUGCUCAUACUGUCUCUGAGCAAUAAUAAGCUAACGAAAUUGAAUGUGGAAAAAGUUAAAAUAAUUCAGCUGUAUCUUACAAACAAUACGCUGGAGGCAAUUCUCCUAUCGCCAUGGGUUCAAACACUUUACGCGGAAAACAAUAGAAUAUCGAAUGUUACAGUGAGUGAUGUGACAAACAUGCAACUAAAAACAUUGAGGUUGGCAAAUAACUCGAUCACAUCUCUAGAAUCGAUACAAUUAUUUCAUUCACUAAACGAACUGGAUUUAUCAAAUAAUUAUAUCGGUCCAUUGAACAUCACUUGUCUAACAAAGCUAGUCUUCCUAAAAGAAUUGAGACUACAGCGAACGUUCAUUUCCAACCUCCAGCACGGAACCUUCGCACAGCAACAAUCUCUCAAAUGGUUGGAUAUAUCCUACAACAACCUCGAUCGGUUUGACUUUGACAUUCUUACAUCAUCUGCAACGCUUCAGCAGAUCUUUCUGGACGGCAAUCGGCUAAAGUCGCUGAACUAUGAGCAUCUGAAGAAAACGUUCCCGGCGCUGGUAAAAAUCGGCUUGUCGGAAAACAACUGGAACUGUACAUAUCUGAUCCAGCUUGUGCGCUAUUGUAACGAACAUUCAAUCGAACUGUUCAAGUCCCAAGCGGUACAGAAUCAGACCAACGUCAAGGGUAUCUAUUGUUUCGACGACAAGAAUCCGCUGGCCAACUGGAACAACACAUUGCAACAUGUGCAGGCGCUGCAUCCUCAUCUGAACAGCACCACCGAGGAUAGUGCCCUGCAAACGUUGCUGCAAAGUGUGCUGGAUGACGUGAAACGGUUUAGUGAGAACCAUGCGGACGUAGCGAAUCAAACCAGCAAGCUGGAUGGUGCUGUGUACGAUCUGACGAAGAAUCAGUUCAACAUCCAGAAGGAUGUGAACAGUUUGAGACAGUCACUAUUCGAGAUACGGCUUGCAUUGAUGGCAAACCGUACGAACGGAAGCGUUGGGGCGGAUAACGACGAGCUACGGCGUAUGAUCGAGACGGCAAACAAUCUGACGCUGGACAAGCAGGAGCUGAGUGCCAAAACACUCGAGUUUAAGAUAUACGAGCAGACGUUCAAGGUGGAUAAGGCGUUGGAGUUGGCAAGGGAAAAUAGCGAUAAGAUUGUAGUUCUAGCGAAACGAGUCGAGCAGUGGAUCAGCAACAUUGUGAGCUCGGGAGGUGCUGCUGGUAUGCUGGGUCAUGAUAGGCUGCCAAUCCAUCCGAGUGCAGCACAAGUUGAAGUUAGCAGCGGAAAUGGCUAUGGGCUGAUUAUUGCAAUGUUGGUUGUGAUGUGUCUCAUGAUGGGAAUGAUUAUGUUUAUUAUUGCAAAAUUCCACCGGCGAUCGUACGGUGUUGAACGAAGGCGCUAUGCCAACAGAGAUAGCAGCAUGGCAACGAUAAUCAAUAAUGAUAUUUAAUUCUAAAAAGCAUUGUGUUGCUUAGAGUUUGCUGUAUCAUGACUGUUAAAAGUAAAAACUUAUUUCAUGUA